GCCAUUCAGAUCAUGAUUGGACUGAUGCACAUCGGCUUUGGGGCUGUCUCAUUAACUGUUUUUGGUCAAGUCUACAUACCUUUGGCUGCAGUUGGAGGUUAUCCAUUCUGGGGUGCAAUAUUUUUCAUUAUUUCUGGAUCCCUUUCAGUGUCAGUUGAAAAUCAUCUGAGCAAGUCUUUGGUGAAAUGUAGCAUGGGAAUGAACAUCACAAGUGCUGUGAUGGCAUUAACUGGCAUAAUUCUGUAUAUCUCAGAACUGAUUGUGAAUAUCCUACCAGGUGACACAAAUCCUGUAGGUGUUGGUCUUGGUGUUCUGCUCCUCUUCUUCAGUUUGCUGGAGUUUGGCAUCACUGUUUCAACAGCACAUUUUGGAUGCCAGGUUACCUGCUGCAACGAUGACCCGGACAUGGUUUUUGUGCCCUAUACUGUCAGUGGAGGUGUGGCUUGUGCUGAAGGCCAUCCUGCCCCUCCAGCCUAUGAGGCUCUUUCUCCGAAAUGA